CUCUUACUCACUUUUUUAAACAAGCGUCAUGGAUCAGGUAAUGCAGUUCGUUGAGCCAAGUCGGCAGUUUGUGAAGGAUUCCAUUCGACUCGUUAAAAGGUGCACCAAGCCCGACAGAAAAGAAUUCCAGAAGAUUGCCAUGGCAACAGCAAUAGGAUUUGCUAUAAUGGGGUUCAUUGGCUUUUUUGUGAAACUGAUCCAUAUCCCUAUUAAUAACAUUAUUGUUGGUGGCUGAGCACCUGUGUGAGGAGGUUUCCUCUUGGGGAUUGGUGAGCAGUGGAGAUUUGAGGCGCUUAUGGAGUAAAAAAAUUGCCUACAUGUUUUGUGGUGUUCUUUCUUUUUUUUUUUCUUCCAAGAUGUUUUCUAUUUCUAAAUUAAAAUAAUUUCAAAAUAAACAGACUUCUCUGUUUUCUACCACAGA